AUGUUGGUGACUUCGGAUAUGCUUCUGCAGUUGCUGCAAUCCUGGCUAGAACAUGUACAAUCUCCCCUUGUUAGGGUGUAUGGAGCAAAGUUUAGGGAGGAAGAAGAUCAAGCUGUACGUACACCCGGUAAGUCUGCAACUGUUCUGCCAAUUCCAUGCUUAUAAUGCGCUCCUGAGGGUCUUUAGGGUUGAUGAGUAGAUUAAUGCAUAGCUCCACUAUGCAAUUAUAGGAUAUAUAGAUAGACAGAUAGAUAGAGCGAGUGAGAGAGAUAUAGCGUGCCAGAAAUGACAAUAUGGGAUGCUGAUAUGCCAAUGUACGGCACGAGCUUGACUUAGCAUUCCAGGCCCUAAUUUCUCCGAUCCCUUGGUUGGGGUUUGUUAUAAUGCCACAUUAAAAUACAUCACAGGAGAGGCCCAUGGAAAUAAUUCCAUAACCCCAUGUUCAGCUACACCGACAUUUGCCAGCCCUGUACUAGAACGUUCACAUAUACAAGCAGGCUGUGUGCUAAUAGAAUAUGGUCUGUAAGCAAUUAUCUCAGCUUCAUCACUGAUCUCCUCUAAAACAGUAGUCGAACAGCUCUUGUAGUACAGCAGCAGGACUCUGUGCCUUACGAAAUGCCAUGUGUGACAAGAUUAUCUCAUGUGUUGGAAGCUUUCGUGCGACACACUGUCGGCAGUUGUGAAUUUGUGUAGUAGGAUCAUCAUCUGAACUUUCACACCCGCUGACUGACGCCUCUACUGGUAUGAGUGUGUGAGUUCAGUUAAUAGACGCCUUGCUUGCUACCUUUGGUUACACCCACCCACCCUAUCUAUAUAUCUAUCUAUCAUUGAACACCUGACUGACAGUUUCUAGGCUCCAUAACUUGUGCUUCAAAGCUCUAGACGUAAAGCUGCUGGACAUUAUCUUAAUCGGUCGAGAUGCCGAUUGGAAGUCGGAUAUAUGUCUAAUCUGUCCCGCUGGAUGCUCUGGAUGCGGUCGUGGAGGAACUGCAGUUUGAUGUUCUAAUCCGACGACACAGUGACCAAUUUGAUAGAUGAUCAAAAUGGCGUAAUGAUUUCCGGUUUCAUCUUCGAAUCUAUCAUAAUAAUAAACCAGAUAGAGAGAACGAAUUUGCACAGAGAAUAAUCGAAGCGACCGUGUUGUCACCCUUCAGGCACCCAAGUGGUGAGGUGACUCAUAAGUAUACUCUACCACACCUCAGUGAUUUUAAUUUUGUUUUGUGCGUGUGUGCGUCUCUGAUGUCCUUCAGGUAGUGCUUCUGCGGUAGCUGCGCAAGGAGACGCAGGUAGCAACGGAUCACCCCAGUGCCUCCCCUAUAACCCCUUCCCCGACGUCGCCUUUCCGUCGGAGCCGCCACCUCCGAUCGCCUCCACCUCAAACUACCUCGGCUUCCCCUCCACUGCCGACUUCAUCCGCGCCAAGCAAGUGAUAUGUUCGCAAGAGGCCCCCUCGAGACCAUUAUCCGACGAGGACUCAUUUGAACACUCACUGCCCGUCCCCACACCGCGACAUACGGUCUCCCUUCUUCGGAUGGCCGUUGGUCCGACCUUUGACAUCCAAGUACCGAGACAGCGCGCCGCUGCUCUGGUUCCAAACCACGAUGGAAAGACAUUCACCAUCGGGUCAUACACGGAAAAGGCUUCAACAAUUGAAGAUAUUGCGAGGCUGCCUAGCCUCGAGAGCGAGGACCUCCUGCCUUCUGAGUCUACGGAAAUAGACAUGAGUCUCUCCUCCUCUUCCUCCUCCAGGUCUGCCAGGGAGGCAGCAUUGUCUCCGUUGGAGGAGCUAAGUGAAUGUGUACCUGAAUCACUGAGGUAAUUAGAAUUUUUUUAUUCACGUUUAUUAAACAUUUGAAAAUUCCUGCGGCAACACAGGGGGCGUAGUUUCAACCCGGCCAUUGCGACCUUCAAGAGGAGUGACUGUAUGCGAUCGUGAUAGGUGCCUGCGAGAUCAACUGCAGUUGAGUUUUAAGCUCCCAUGCGCCAACAGUUGCAGCCUACGUGGUUAGAGCAGGUCAGGAGGGAUUACAGCCUCAGAAUGCUGACAGAUUGCUAUUCUUGCUGAACUGGCGUCCAUCUAUGCCUGCUUUUCUACCCUUAGCGUCGAUAUCUGCUAGACUAGACCUAGAUUAUCAUUGCGAAGAGCAGUAGUUUAGGGAGCACUGGCUACCUGCACAUUAUUUCUUCGUACCCCAGUCAUUGACCGAUAACCACUUCAUGGAAUUUUGAACCACCAUUGUCUAUGCUUUUGGUUUUAGUGAGGUGAUCCUGACUCCUGGUGUCCGCAAAAUGAACGCCAAACUGUUAACACAUGCAACAAAUGAGUGGUGUGAAAUUGGCGGGAGGGAAGUCUGUCUGAACUACGCCGAAUGUCAAGCUUGUCCGCGAAUUCAGAGACGAGGGAAUCGAGGUAAGCAGGCCCUUUUAAUGAGGUCGCCAAUUCUGUCCUACGAACUAUUCAAUUUGUUUACACAGUCCUUUUGAGAGCGCACUGUUAUAUCUGUCAUUCGCGUUGUCUAAUUCUGAGAGCUGUGGCAUGUUGGAUUAUCUGCGCAGUAUGAGAAUAGAAAAAAACUCGUGGUCAUGAGCAUACCAUCUAUAUCUUCCUCUCAGAUGGUUCAAAAAUUUUAUUUUACAGCUGUGUUUAAGGCAGUCGUCUCGGUCACAAAGGCGAAGGCAACAUGCUCUGUUCCCAUGCGUGAGAACCAUAAUCGGGAUGAGCCGCUGACAACUCCUCGUCGGGUAAGUCAUUUAUAUCUGGCUGGUUUUGAGAAGCAGGGUACUUGUGCCUGAGCAAGCAUUGCUUCUCUCCUCAUUAACUCGAAAUCUGUUGUUUUAGCGGCGGUCGAGAGUGCCUCAGAUCUUCCGGCGAGUUUUGCGCCGAUUAUGCAGUUGCAUUCGCCCGGAAGUCGAAUGA